GACUUGGAGGGAGGAGGGCUUUCGUGCUCAUAUCUGCACCCUAUGUGGCUGGUGAAGUUCGCUGAAUAGCCAUCAAUGGUUAAUGCAACUGUAGCACUUUGUGCUCUUCGCCUCACAGCUGAUUUUUGAUCAGAGAGUACCUGAUGGGGUCCACUGUCCCGGCCAUUGUUCAUAGCCAUGUUCCCACUCGGAGGCUAUUCCAGUGCUGCAGAUAUUAUAUAUCGAUUCGUCUCUCGGCCUCUCCUUUCUCGUCGUGCAUCACAGUAAUCUAUCCAUUGGUCCUUGCCGUCCAUGGGGGAGCUGGGCACGCGAUUCGCAGUCCAACUGUUUCCACACGGCACCGUCUGUACAAUCCGCGGGUACCCUUCGCUCAUUCUCAGAGACUGACGCUUUUCUGGAUCUUAAGUCUGUGGAUCAAUGAGAUGCGAACAUUACUCUUCGGUAAUGGACCAGAUGCUAUGGAAGCUUCGAAACUGUUGAUCUACAGCGUUCACUGGCCUUCGUCACGCGAUGACAAUGCAGGGUGGGGAACCCUAACGCUCGUAGGUUGUCCACCGAGCUGCGAGAAAUCAGAUGGUUGUGCUUGCGCUGGGCCAAUUGUGACGAGGUGGAACGCUCCAGCUCAGUGGCCAAUUUGCCCACUGAUAGUUGGGAUAUCGUCACACGGGUUUUGCGCAUCGGUAAUGCCGUCGUCGAUGAACCUAAGGCAUGAAGUUGACAUCCUUGUUGCACGGUGGAAUCUAUAUCCGCAUCGUUUUUCAGGGGGAAUUGGUGAGCUCCGUGAAUUGCGUUCUCGACGCCACAUGGGACAUUGGUGAUUGAGGCCGAAGAAUGGCAGGCGUUGAAGAAUCUUCACGGAGCUGAUCUACGAAGGAAUGUUCAUCUUUUAAAAGGUUACAUUGAGAAUGUAUGCUGGUGGUAUGGUGUUGAUUGGGAAGAAAAUUCAUAGCUGCGACUGUGGAGAUGAAGAUGGGCGAUCUUGCGGAGUUGGAGGAGCACCAGAAUUACGAACAGACUUGCGAUGAGCAUGUUUUUUUUUCUAAACUGCUUGCUCUGCGUGGUCCAUCAUCGUAGCUGCGGGUGAAGUCGUUUUUGCCACAGCAAGCAUCGUCGUCUCCUCCUGUCAUUGUCCCCUCGGCUUCACAUUUAGUGGCAGUUUACUGCAUGAAUUUAAGAGAAGAGUUCCUCCUUUAUCAGAUGUUACUGCCGAAUUGGGGUUAGUAUUCUAAUUUAGAGAAAAUGCCGCUUUUUAUUCUUCAAAACUGUCGUAUAUACCAUGCGAUUAGAAAGUCGAAGGGGAUAGUUUCGUCGGAUCUACCAUGCAUUCGUACGUUUUCUGUUGGGCCAGCUCCUGGGAACUUGCAUAGACUUUCGCUCUAGGGUUUUAUUCAAUGCUUUUAUACAUCAAAUGUUGGACCUAUGGAUAGCCUGGUGAUGGUGCUACUUGUGUUGAAGUACCUGUUGUGAAUAGAUCAUUCAAGUACCCAUGAUCUAGAUUUAAACAAAAGAUCAUCUUUGAUCUUGUAAGUAAAAGUAUUUUCAGAUGUA